AUGGACAAGCAGAUUUACCUCGUUUACAUUAUCGUCCUGCGCGGCCAAAAGCGCGACACGAGCGACGAACGGCACGCGGGCAUCCUCUUCGCGCCGCUCGAGUCGGGCCUCUACUACUACUUCCACCUGGCCGACGGCACGGACGGCUACGCCUUCGAGAUGAAGACGGGGCUCGACCCGCGGCAGACGAGCCGGGCGCUGCCGACGGUCAGGGUCGGCCGGACGCUGCCCCUGACGGAGGCGCGGCUGGUUGAGCUCAUGCGCUCGGCGCCCGUGGGAUCCAAGGACGACGAGUUCACCCACCAGCACUGGAUCUACGGCGCGCUGGGCGUGCUGGCCAAGGCGGGCUUCGUCUCCCAGCAGGCCUGCGACAAGGGAUUCAACAAGAUGCUAUCAACACUGCUCGACGGCUCGGCCGACGAGGUCCCAGACCUGGACUGGUAG